GCCGGUGCAAUCAGCGGGAAGGCAUCGAGACGGACGCGGGCUGACGCUGCACUGUUUGCGGGAGGAGGAGGCGCGACGAGUCGGCGUGGGGCUUCGGUGCUCAGUGAGCGAGGAGGACUAGCGUGCGGACUUUUAACCUGACCCUGCUUUGCUACAUCGGCCCACGGAGAGAGAAGUCGCCCCACGCGUGGAGGAGACGAUGAGUGGAAACAUCUGGGCGCGGCAUACUUCUUCUUCUUCACUGGACGACAAGCUUCCACUCGACCGAGCCGCUUUUGUAUUUCCUCGCUGAAUAUCGUGUGGACAUUUUGGAUUCCCCCCCACCUCUCCUCCUCCUCCUCCGACUUGAAACCAGUAUUUUUUUAGCCCCACUCCUGUCCAUUUUUAAAGCAUUCUUUUACGUCCAAGUGUGACUUUUCAUAACUUUAACACAGCUUUUUUUUUUUUUUUUUUUAUACCGAUAUGAACCCACUCGGCUAGUUUGGAGUCGUACGUGGGGGGGGGGGGCUGGCUGUUAGCGCCGUUAGCUCGAAACCAGUCAGUACUGUCGAGCGAUGCUGACUUCUUUAGCCGACUGAAUGCCCUCCUCUCGGCGUCAAAUUGGACUGUAAUCGUGUGUGGACAUCACGGGUGGACAUAGUGACGCCUGGAAGGCAUCAAGAGUUGUUGCUGCUGGUUUUGUUACCGAUCAACGCCCGCCCAGGCGCUUGAGUUCUAAAUGCGAAGUGCCUGAGGAUGUCGAAGCGCAGCUUCUUCGUUCGCCUGGUGCCAUGCCGCUGCUUGCGUGGCGAGGAGGAGGCGGUGACGUCUCUGGACUACUCCCACUGUAGCCUGGAGACAGUGCCCAAGGAGAUCUUCAGCUUUGAGAAGACGCUGCAGGAGCUCUUUCUCGAUGCCAACCAGAUUGAAGAGCUGCCCAAACAACUGUUCAACUGCCAGCUGCUCCAGCGACUGAGCAUGCCCGACAACGACGUCACUGUGUUGCCCCCCGGCGUCGCCAACCUCGUCAACCUCAGGGAGCUUGACGUCAGCAAAAACAGUAUUCAGGAGUUUCCCGAGAAUAUCAAGAACUGCAAAAUGCUCACUAUUGUGGAGGCCAGCGUCAAUCCCAUCUCAAAGCUGCCCGAUGGUUUCACCCAGCUCAUGAGCCUGAGCCAGCUCUACUUGAACGAUGCCUUCCUGGAGUUCCUUCCAGCCAGUUUUGGCAGGCUGACUAAGCUGCAGAUUCUGGAGCUGAGAGAGAACCAGCUGAAGAUGUUGCCAAAAUUUUACGACCCUGCCGAUGUGUGUGUGUGUGUGUGUGUGUGUGCAUGUGUCCGCAGGAGCAUGCAGAAGCUCACGCAGCUGGAAAGGUUGGACCUGGGCAGCAACGAGUUCACUGAAGUGCCUGAGGUACUGGAGCAGUUGACGGGAAUCAAGGAGCUCUGGAUGGACGGAAACCGGCUGACGUUCUUGCCAGGGAUGCUGGGCACGCUCAAGCAGCUGCUCUACCUGGAUGUGUCCAAGAACAACCUGGAGAUGGUGGACGAGCAGAUCUGCGGUUGCGAAAGUCUGCAGGAUUUGCUGCUCUCCAAUAACGCCCUCACGCAGCUACCAGGCACCAUUGGCUCACUGAAGAAACUGACAGCUCUGAAGGUGGACGAGAACCAACUAAUGGAGCUUCCUGACUCCAUUGGAGGGCUCACCUCUCUAGACGAACUGGACUGCAGCUUCAACGAGAUCGAAGCCUUGCCAGCGUCCAUCGGUCAGUGCGCGGCCAUGCGCACCUUCGCCGCCGAUCACAACUUCCUCAGCCAGCUUCCCCCUGAGAUGGGCAACUGGAAGAACGCCACCGUGCUGUUCCUGCACUCCAACAAAAUGGAGUCGCUGCCGGAGGAGAUGGGGGACAUGCACAAGCUGAAGGUCAUCAAUCUGAGCAACAACAAGUUGAAGAACCUCCCCUACAGUUUCACUAAGCUGAGCCAAAUGACGGCCAUGUGGUUGUCUGAAAAUCAGUCCAAACCCCUGAUCCCACUGCAGAAGGAAGAGGAUCCCGAGACCCAGAAAACCGUACUAACCAACUACAUGUUCCCGCAACAGACCAGAACCGAGGACUACGUUCCCAACUCCGACUCUGAAAGCUUCAAUCCAGCUCUGUGGGAGGAACAGCGUAAGCACCGAGCUCAGGUGGCCUUCGAGUGCGACGAGGACAAGGACGAGAGGGAAACGCCCCCGAGGGAGGGCAACCUGAAGCGCUAUCCCACGCCGUAUCCCGACGAGCUGAAGAACAUGGUGAAGACGGCUCAGUCGGUGGCGCACCGGCUCAAGGAAGACGAGUCGAACGAAGAGUCGGGCAGAGACCCCAAAUCCCCCGCGGAGAGGAACCACAUUGGCGUGCAGGACGUGGGAGUCAAGGUGAUAGAAGCCCCACACCCUAAUGGCCUGGCGUCAGACUUAGGAGGCAACGCUUGCAACACAACCUUCACCAUCCAAAACAUCCCAGAAGCAGUAUCUAGGGAAACAGAGUCUGAGUCCUUCAGCUCCCAGCAAGUACCACUCAAAUCAUCAGAGAGUUCCACCAUAAACCAUGAGGACACGCUGGAGGACUCGGAGGAGCUUUCUGACGAAGAGGAGGAGAUGAAGAUUGCCGAGAUGAGGCCGCCUCUGAUCGAGAUUUCCAUCAACCAGCCCAAAGUGGUGACGCUGAGUAAGGACAAAAAAGACGACAGCAAGGAUGCGGACUCGUUGCUGGACGACACGGUAGCCAACAGCAACCAGAACAACAGCAACUGCUCGUCGCCAUCACGCAUGUCAGACUCUGUGUCGCUGACCACCGACAGCAGUCAAGACAACUCCCUAUGCACCCCCGAGAGGGAGGCCAAGAUGCCCUUCCUGCCCAAGAGCAGACACGAGGAUGAGAACAUGAACCCCUCCAAAGACACCGGCGGGCUGCUGCACAACGGCAACAGCUCGGAAACGUCACUCCAGGCGCUCCUGAGGGCCCAGCAGAGUGCCACGGGGGGUGACUAUGACCUGUCCAUGGAAGCACGACUAGCUUUCAUUGAGAAGGGACUGAACAACGGCCUGGGAGACAGUUACACCAAGUGGGACCAGAUCAACAUGAACGUGUCGCACCCGCCGACAGACAAUAUGGUGGAGCCUCAGAUUGUUUCAGUGGGACGGGGGGAAGUUGACGCCAAGCGGGGUUUUGACAACCACCAUUUCCAGAACGGAAACCAGCAGGUCAGCGACGGGUCCUCACCCAGCGGCGAGAUCUCUCGCAGCACUGAGGAGCUGUCCCCGGAGAGGAGGUGCCACCCCCUUCAGGUGAGCAAGUCUCAGAGUGUCAGCAACAUUGAAGCGGGCAGCAUGAAGCUGUACUCAUUUGACGGCGACGCCACGGCAGAGAGCAGGAUAGUGGGCGGCAGCUGCCCUACUCCAGCGUCCACGGCUCAGACCCAGAGUAUCGUGAGGAGCAAGUCCGCGUCCUUGCUCAACGACCAAAAUCUCCAAGUCUGUCCGAGCUCGGACCUGCUAUCUUCCUCCAAACCGCCUACCAGCACAAGCAGGUACCCAGCGCCCUCCAGUGGGGCCACAGGCACCUCCCCUCCUCAGUACAACAUCCAGUACUCAAGCAAAGACGGCAUGUGGGCCCAGAGAACGCCCAUGCCCCCAGAACACCAAGGCUACCUCCCUCCUGCCACCCACUCACUCGCCAACAUCAACUACUCCAAUCGCAAUCAGGCUCCCCCAUAUCCACUGCAGCCCCAGCAAAGAGGGCCCCCCAUGGGAUCCAAACCUCCAGGGGACAUGUGGGCAAAGGACAGACUCCACUCUACCACCAGCCAGUCCAGUGGAGGCGCGCUGCAGCGGCAGAGCAGCACCACCUCCACCGCCUCAGUAGGCGAGCCUCGGCGCAUGCAACUGCCUGAGGGCGACUACCUGACCUACCGGGACAUUCACACCCUGGCCAGGGGCCCGCUAGCCAUGAGCCAGGCGGCGCAGCGGCCCAUCUCCACCCGCACGUACAGCAUCGACACAGCCGCUCCGGCCAGGCUGCCCAGCGUCCGGCCGCAGCCCCACGAACUCCCGGAGAGGACCAUGUCGGUCAGCGACUUCCACUACCCACAGGGCAGCCCCAGCAAGAGGCCUAAUCUUAGGGUCAAAUCGGAGCACUCGCUCCUGGACGGGCCGGGGCUGGUGUCGGGUGCGCCGGGAAGGGUGCCGGCCGACUGGAGGGACCAGGUGAUGCGGCACAUUGAGGCCAAGAAGAUGGAAAAGAACGCGCUGUCCCGCUCCUUUAAUUCCCAUAACGCUCCGCUCGGCUGCUCGCCACACCGCUCCUGCUAUUACGGCAGCUGUAGGGACGUGUUCAGGCCCUACAUCUCCUUCAGCGACGAUGUGUUUGGGCCACCGGGGCAGCAGAGCUACACCAUGGACUCCCGCAGAAAAGUGCCUCUAAUGAACGGUCAGGUGGUCUCAUCGGCUCGUCCUCACGUGAGUCAGACGUCCAUGGCCCGCCACGCCUCCAGAGAGCAGCUCAUCGAUUAUUUGAUGCUCAAAGUCUCCCACCAGGCCUCGGGGCCUAUGCGGCCGCCACACGAGAUCCAUGUGAAGGUAGAGAAAAAUCCGGAACUUGGUUUCAGUAUAUCCGGAGGAGUGGGAGGUCGCGGAAACCCAUUUCGUCCAGAUGACAAUGGGAUCUUUGUGACAAGGGUCCAGCCUGAGGGUCCAGCAUCCAAGAUUCUUCAGCCCGGUGAUAAAAUUAUCCAAGCGAACGGCUACAGCUUCGUGAACAUCGACCAUGGGAACGCCGUUUCCCUUCUCAAGACGUUCCCCAGUACUGUGGAUCUGACAAUCGUGAGAGACGUGCAAGCGUAAAACGGCGACGGGGGGGAAAGAACCGGGAGAUUUAUUUUUUUACACGAUUGCGGGGGAGGGGGAACGCCACUUUGAAUGUAAGCGUGUUGACGCGGUGAUCACAUGGGUCAUCACUGUGCUUUCUAAAAAAAAAAUAAUAAUUUCUACGAAAAAGAAAAGCUCCCCUUUUGUGCGUGACCACUAAGGAGCAGGACACCCCUCAUUUUUGCCUUUUUUUUUUUUUUUUUUUAAAUAAGAAUUUUGAAGCAGUAGGACAGUGUUACGUGCUUGGAGUGUGAACAUGAAUGUGCGCGAAGUUCAGACGCUCGGCCUAACUGCUUUUAUUCCACGACGUGGCCGUUGUUCCACGCGACCAAAAGCAAGGAUGGCGGGGGAAAAAACAGUCUCCUCGAGUAAGAGCGGGUCCACAUUUCAUCUUUUUCUUGCCAUUUUUUCCAAAGUUUCUUCACACAUUCAUUUGGGAGAGCACCACUCUUGCCUUUUUGUGCGCAUUCCUGUUGAUUUGACUCAUGGGGAGAGAAGCAAGUGCCAUAAGAAGACCUUGAACUGUUUCAAUGAGCAAUAUUCACACUUUGCAGCAAUAAAGCCUUUUUUUUCCCCACAUUUGAUUUUUUUAAAUACCCCUUUUAGUAACACCACCGAUGAUUUUAUAUAUGGACAAGAGUUUUGUAAUGAAAUAGCACAUAAAAUCUAUAUAUUGUAUGUAUAGAAUAGUGUGAAGAGUCUGUGUUUUGUGGAUAUGUGUGUCACUUUUUAUCAAUUACAUGUUUGUUAACAUCAUAUGAGUUUUAAGUUGACAAUGGGCUGGCAAUUGAUGAAACGAUGAGCAUGUUCCACAUCUUGUGUUUGUUUGAAAUUGUGACGUUAAUAUUCAUGUCAAGCUGUCGUCUUUUUGUAGACAAUCUUGGGAAAUUAGUGGUCGUCGUCCAUGUGGAUCUGUUUGGAAUGCUCACGUCUUAUUUAUUUUGAGCAGGCCAAACCUGUGUUAUAUUUUUUAGACAUUACUAAUCAAAAAGUGUAAAUAUAUACGCACACAGCAUUUUUUUUUUAAUUGUACAACCAGCAAUAACAAGUUCCAAUGCAGAAAGAGACGGCAUCUGUGUUCACAUGUAGCGAGUGUAUUUCUAUGUCUUGACCACAGACGUGCAUCCACGCGACAUUCCAGAUUUUGUACAUAACUAACCAUUUCUGGCGUAAAACCUGUGGAAAAUAAACCAAUGCCAUUUCACACUG